GCGUGCGCAAGUACUGUCAUAUCGCAUCAUAUUUCUGAGAUCAUAUUUAUUAGAAAUGAUUUGGCAUAUAACAGACAAUGGAUAUAGAAUAGAAUCCCUGACACCAGCUACCUUUCCCGGUGCAUUAAAGGUAAUAAAGUUAGCAUUAUGUCAAGAUGAAGCCGUAUCAAUUGGUUCAGAAGUCAAUACGAAUCCUAAAGCGGCCGAGGAACUACUUGAAUUAGGCGCAGACGCAGCACUGGACGGCGUUUCGUUGGUUGCCGUGAAUGUAAAGACAGAAGAAGUGGUAGCAGUUGCGUUUAACAAAAUACAGGUUAAAACGUCGGAUGCAUCAGAAAAGUCAUUUUUUGAAAUAUUUGCCGACGAGCGCUGUACACAGGCUUCAUCGCGAUCGCUUAUAAAAUUUAUGGCCGACGUUGACGGGAGGUGCAAUUUAUUUGAAAAGUACAAAGUCGAUUGCAGUUUUGAAAUCAUGUUUUUAGCAACAUUUCGGGAACACAGAAGACAAAACCUGGGUACACAACUCUGCAAAUGUUCAAUAGAUUUAGCGAGGAAAAUAAAAGAUGGCGCCAUUACACCUAUUAACGUUCAUGAUCUCGGUCCGGAAUAUUCUCAUUUAAAAAUGCGUAAACCAAUAGACACAUACCCAAAAAUUUGUCAAGCAAUAUUGACAGUCGAAGCGUCCCGGAAAAUUGGUAGAACUCUAAAUUUUACAGUUCACUUGACAGUAUCUCUGUCGGAAUUCGUGUUUAAUGGAAAAACUUAUACAGAGCGGAUUGGAGAUGAAGCUGCAUUUUGUGAAGUUGCGGCAUUAUAUUUGUAAUGACUUGUAAAUUAAAAAGUGAAAAUUACAGUCAGACAAAGCGUUUAAAACAAUACAAGACUAUUUUCUGUAAGCAAACAAUUUCAAAUUAAAUUCAAUUAUAAGCAUAAUAGAAUAUGAAAUCAACGGUAGAUUAUAAUAUUAUUAUUAGUAUAAAGAUUAUUUUAGAAGCCUUUGUAAAUCGAAAUAGGCCGUUAUUAAAGAAUGAUUUUGAUUGCCUGUAUUUUGAUUCCAAUUCAGAAGUCCUGUAAGUACAAGAGACAGCCAGAUAUCAAUCGUUAAUAUCAAUAUUCAAUAUAUCGUUUUCAAUCACCGUAGGCUAUUUCGUUUUCGGCCCUCGUUAUGUUACAAGCUAUAA